CUCUCUCUCUCUCUAAAAAGCCACAACAAACCCCAUGUUAGGCUCGUUUGGGAACUCUUUCCAGUCUCCAAAGAAGAUAAUAGAGGAAGAGGAAGAGGAAAAGACAAUCCGGAAUAUCCUCCCUUACGUUGCCUUGUCAUUGGUUUCAUUCUAUUGGGCUUUUGUUGGAUCUAUCUAAGUCCCCAAAAAAACAAAACCAAUAAGAAAAAUUUCGUACCAGGCAAACCGCAAUUUACUGUCUCAAAUAACAGUGACCAAGAGCUCAAAAUGGUUCUCAUAGUUAGACAAGACUUAAAGAUGAAAUCAGGAAAGAUUGCAUCUCAAUGUGCUCAUGCUGCCACUGGCAUGUAUGUGGAUUUAAUGCAAAGCCUAGGCACACCCUGUAGCACCACCCCAUCAGCACCACAUGCACUGCCCAUGCAGCACCACAGGCACUGCCCACAAUGGACCAGAAGCAUCCGCAAUUGCUUUAUGAGGCCAAGUUGAAUGGUGUUCUUCAAGGAGGAAGUAAGAUGGUAUUGCGAAUAUGAAAUGGUGCGAAUAACAUUCUUGUCCUUGACCUUUUUGGACCAAGUCUUGAAGAUCUUUGUCUACUGUGGGAGGAAGUUUUCCUUGAAAACAGUCUUAAUGUUGGCUGAGCUAAUGUUAAUCACUUAAUUUUCCCUUGUCAUAGCUUGCUGCAGCCUAUGUUUUGCCAUGUUUUUAACUGUUAUAGAAUUGUUGUUCUUUUGGGUUUCGUUGGUCUUAUUUUUUAUAUUUCUUUUCAGGGAAUCUUCAUGUAUUAUAUUUGGUCUUAAGAGUUGUGUUCAUUGUAAAAUUUUUGUCUCCCCCCCACCCCCCUUUCACCCCAAUCUAUAUAUGUUAUCCAUUUUUUUCUUAAAUUUGUUAUAUUUUUCAGGUUUAUAUUAUUGAUUUUGGACUUGCAAAAAGAUUUCGGGACCCCACGACAAAUCGGCAUAUACCUUAGAUCCUUGCUUGAAAUCUGGUGUGUUUUUUGUUUCUGAUUUCUGUUCUGGAUGGUCUAACCAUGUUAAAUGUAUAUUUUACCCAUAUUUUCAUUUAAUAUGGUUCAGUUAAUGUUAAAUGUAUACAUUUUAAAUGCUUUUCUUCAAAUUCUGAAUGGAAUUCUAUGGUUGACAGAUAA